CGAACCCCACCCCUUCCCCGCGGGCCUCGGUUCAAACGACCCGGUGGGUCUACAGCGGAAGGGAGGGGGCGAAGGUAGGAGGCAGGGCCUGCCUCACUGGCCUCCCUCCCAACCCCAAGAGCCCAGCCCCAUGGUCCUCCCCGCCGGCGCGCUGCUGUGGGUCUUGCUGCUGAGUCUGGGUCCCCGGGCGGCGGGGGCCCAAGGCCUGACCCAGACUCCGACCGAAAUGCAGCGGGUCAGUUUACGCUUUGGGGGCCCCAUGACCCGCAGCUAUCGGAGCACCGCCCGUACUGGUCUUCCCCGGAAGACGAGGAUAAUCCUAGAGGACGAGAAUGAUGCCAUGGCCGACGCCGACCGCCUGGCUGGACCGGCGGCUGCCGAGCUCUUGGCCGCCACGGUGUCCACCGGCUUUAGCCGGUCGUCCGCCAUUAACGAGGAGGAUGGGUCUUCGGAAGAGGGGGUUGUGAUUAAUGCCGGAAAGGAUAACACCAGCGGAGAGCUUCCCAGUGCAACUCCCAAAACAGCGGGGAGUUCCAGCACGAGGUUUAUAGCCAAUAGUCAGGAGCCUGAAAUCAGGCUGACUUCAAGCCUGCCGCGCUCCCCCGGGAGGUCUACUGAGGACCUGCCAGGCUCGGAGGCCACCCUGAGCCAGUGGUCCACACCUGGGUCUACACCGAGCCGGUGGCCGUCACCCUCACCCACAGCCAUGCCACCUCCUGAGGAUCUGCGGCUGGUGCUGAUGCCCUGGGGCCCGUGGCACUGCCACUGCAAGUCGGGCACCAUGAGCCGGAGCCGGUCUGGGAAGCUGCACGGCCUUUCCGGGCGCCUUCGAGUUGGGGCGCUGAGCCAGCUCCGCACGGAGCACAAGCCUUGCACCUAUCAACAAUGUCCCUGCAACCGACUUCGGGAAGAGUGCCCCCUGGACACAAGUCUCUGUACUGACACCAACUGUGCCUCUCAGAGCACCACCAGUACCAGGACCACCACUACCCCCUUCCCCACCAUCCACCUCAGAAGCAGUCCCAGCCCGCCACCCACCAGCCCCUGCCCAGCCCUGGCUUUUUGGAAACAGGUCAGGAUUGGCCUGGAGGAUAUUUGGAAUAGCCUCUCUUCAGUGUUCACAGAGAUGCAACCAAUAGACAGAAACCAGAGGAACCACUUCUCCAGAGGGCGAGAAUGGAGGAGCAUGGGACCUGUCCAUCAUAGCAACAUGCGAGCACAGGCAAAACACUGAAUAAAGAAUUGGUU